AUGGGCAUCCAGGUGCACGGGCAGAAGCGGGCGAAUUUCGUCGCGCUGCACAAGGCGCCAGCUUUGUUCGGCCCGGCCUGCCGCGAGCUGCGCGGGCGGAAUAUCAAACCCGCAGCACAGGUGCUCCGAGGCCCCGUGCAUGGGUCGGGGGACUCAGAGCGGUUCGACGGCGGCGCGCAGGGCGCGGCGCCCCAGGAGGUCGAGUUGCCCCGGUCUCGGGCACCUCGCAUCCCCGGGCGGGCCCCAGCAGCGGCGGGGCCACGGCGACACGGGCGCGCCGCGCGGAGCGGCUCUAAGCAGGUGCCCCCGGGCGAGAUCUUCGCCAUCAAAAACGCGGUCAUCCGCGGGCUUUGCUUCAACAACGUCGUCAAAUACAAGGCCGCGUGCCAGUUGGGCGAGUUCGCGCGCCCGUCGCAGCGCCGCGCCCUCGCUCGCGUGGCCUCUGCUGCGGACGCUGGCCGCAUCGAAGAUCUCGUGGCCGGCGCGCCGACUGUCGGCGCCGUCGCGAGGUCCGGUCGGCGGCCGACCAUCUCGCGCACCGCGGUGCCAGAGACAUCUGAGUGCGACCUGAGUCGCCGGGCCUGGGAGAGCCAGGAGCGCGCCUUGAAGACGACGGCAAGCUGUGCGUUCAGGGUCAAUCUCUUGGCGGCGAGGCUCGGCAGCUUGGAAUUGACCGGGCGCGCCCUGGGCGACGGCCGCACGCGCCAGUCGCUUCCCAUCGCGCCGCAUCACUGGGGGGGCGCGGCGGUUGCAUUCGUCGAGCCAGAGACAGUCCAGACUGCCUUCUUCGUGAUGGUCGGCCACAGCUGCGGCCUUCUAGCCGCCGUCUACUACGCCAACGCGAAGGCGGCGCUCAUCGCAGACUCCCUGCGGGGGCGUUGCAAGGGCCUUCGCCAGUGGCUCGGUGUAGAUUUCGCUGAGGAGAAGGCGCGUUGCUGCGCGGGCCCCGUGGCCCUCGGCUUCGGUUGCGAUCUCCUCAGCGAGCAGCCGCUCAUCGCCUUCGCGGAGCGCGAGGAGGACAGCUGGCGCGCCGUCGGCGACGCAUUGGCCAUCGGCAUCCUCGCCCCAGCUUUCGCCGCGAAGCUCAAAGGGCGCCUGGGGCGCGUGGCCGCGCGCGUCUGGGGCUGCGUCGGGGGGGCGUUCCUUCGGGCGCUCUCCGAGCGUCAGCGCGGCGGGGGGCGCGUCGUCAACCCCGCCAGUGCAGGGCCGUUGCGCUUGCGGCGUAGCUUCGGCGCGGCGGCCGGCCUCGAGGCCCGGCCAUCCUUUACAUGGGUGCAGAGCCAGCGCAGGUGGUUUUCGAACAGGGAUGACUUGCGCUCGCUCGCGGUUCUCUCCUGGCAGCUGCGCGCAGAAGCAUCGGUCGCCAAGCGCGUCGGCCGCGUCCCGACAGACGCGAACCCGGGCGACGGCGCUUCCAGAGGUGACUUCGGCGGCUUGGUUCAGGCUGGGGCGCAGCGGGCAGAGAUGGCUCGGGCCUGGCCGCAAGGCGCGCCCGCGAUGGGCAAAGGCAAGCGACGCGGCGGUGAGAUGGGGGAGUCGAGCGGCUGGGCCAGCGUCACCUGGGCGUCGGACGGGCGGACGUUCAAGAUAGAGCAGGACGGCGUGGGCAUCACCGACGCCAACAUCGACAGCUGGAUCAGCACAGUGCACCGGGAGCUCACCAGCUGGAGCGAGGGCAGGGGUUUCUCCUGCUCCAGCCUGAGCCUCUCGCGCAACGAGCUGACGGACAGCAGCGUCAAGAAGGUGAUGCGUUUCCUCAUCCAGACGCGCAUAUCGGUCCAGAUGCUGAAGCUGUUCAAAAACAGCUUCGGCGACGCCGGCAUGCAGUCCAUCGGCGAGUUCAUCUCGAGCCAGGCCGCCGAGCCCGUGCAGGAGAUUCACUUGUCGCACAACCAGAUCACCUGGCGCGGAGCGCUUGCAGUUUUUGGAGCCGUCAAGGACUGCGGUUUAUACCCGUGCAAUCGGGGCAAAGACGGCACGCCUUUGUGGCUUCGGAUGGAGAACAACCUCAUCGAUUGGAACAACGUGAUCUCCAAGCUGGACGAGUGGAAAAUGCACAUGAGUAUCGGCGACAACAGGGACUCGUGGAAGUCGGACGUGAGGCGCGGCAAGGGCGGCUGCAAGGGCGGCGGCAAGGGCGACGAGGCGGCCGAGUGCCCCCUGGUGGCCAUGCACUACAGCUACCACCACCAGACGGUCAGGGACAAGGGCCACGGGCGAGGAGACGGCUACGAGGGGUGGGAUGAAGAUGAAUACGGCGAUUGGGACGCUGGCGAAGGCUACGACCACGGGCACCGGGGAGACCGCCGCCGCGACCGGGACCGCGGCGAGCGGGACCGCGACCGGGACCGCGAGCGGGACCGCCACGACAGAGACCGCCACGAGCGGGACCGCCACGAGCGGGACCGACUCGAGCGGGACCGCGUCGAGCGGGACCGCCACGAGCGGGACCGCGACCGGGGCGGCGCCGCUGCGGCCCCCCGCGCGGAGGGCAGCAGGUCGCAUGGCAGCGGCGGCUACACGAUGUGCAGCGCCUGCGGGUACUGGGACUGGAACAACCGUUUCUGGAAGCAGAAGGGCUAUUGCAGGUGCGGCAGCUGGGCGGCGCCCCAGCAGCACUUCGCCAACCGCCCUCCCGCGCCGACGUCUGUUGACAAGGCCCCGUCGCUGGCGGCAGCAGAGCGGCUCAAGACAGCCUCUUUCGAGCAGGAGCAGGUUGGCAAGAAGGUCGCGCGCUGCUGCUGGGAGCUGGCGACGGCGAAGCACAGGGUCCAGGAGGCGCAGGCGCGCCUCGACGCCCCGUGGAGGAGCAUUUCCAGGCCACGAUGGAGCACGAGGUGCCGGCCGCGGCUGUGGUGGGCAAGGACUUCCACGCACGCACUGCCCGAGCGCCUCGCCUUCAACCUGGACCCGUCCCUCUUCGCCGACAUGGACGACGCCGACGAGGACUACAUGACUGCUGUGGAGGCGCUCCAGUCAGCCAGGCGCUUGUGGCUGGAGGAGCAGGAGAAGGACUACAACACGCUCGCGGAGCGUGCCGAGCUGCGCGAGUCUGCGCGGCUGGAGGAGGAGGCCAAGUUCACUCAGGCACAGGAGGAGGUCACCCGCAUCCAGAGCGGAAAGGCAGCGCGGCUCUCCCGCAUGCAGCACGACCUCCAGGCCAAGGCGAAGCUCAGGCAGGCCGCCAAGAAGAGGAGGUCGGCUGAAGGAGCGGUGGUGGGCGGUGGCGCCGAGGCGGCGCAUGCAGGCUCGGCAGCUGCGGCGGCUCCCAGCCUCUGCGCGGCCGAGUCGCCCGCGCCGCCCACCCCCGUGACUUCUGAGGCUGACGGCGCAGAUGCCGACGCGGACAUGGGAUCCAAGGGAGUCGACGGUCCCGCUGCGGAGGCGUCCAUGCCCGAGCCCUCCCUUGAACGCAAGGCCCAGCACCUCGCGCACACUGAGUCCGUGCGUGAGAAGGCCGCCAAGGGCCAUGCUGAGCAGCUCGCGGCCAGGGCCAGCGCCAAGGCGGCAUUGGCGUCGGAGCCGCUGACCCAGGAGGUGAAGGCCCGAGGCCCCCCAGAGGCGAGGCUCGACGGGUUCGCGACGCUGACGAUGCACCUCGAGCAAGGCAAUCUAGUGGACGCGGCGGCGCAUUCUUUCCCUGGUUGCGGCAUGAGCGGAGCCAACCGACGCAGGUUCCAAUCGCUGGCCGUUUUCCUCGCCAGCCUGGCGGACCCGUGGGUCGCGCUGGCCGAAUUGAACGCCACGCCUGAGGAACUCAUGCGCACGGGGUUCCCGCAGAAGGUGCCCGGCGAGCUGCCGCCCCCCCUGACGCGGAGGCCCAGUCAGCAGUCCGACCCAGAGUCGAAGGCCAGCAAGCGGCGCGCUACCGCUCUGGCUCGGCGCCGCGACGCGUUGGCAGCGCACCUGCAGGCCGACUUCGCGGCGAUGCAGUCUGAGUCGGACGCGGCGCUGCUGGCUGCUCGCGCGGAGGCCGAGGCCCGCGAGGCGGCGGUGCUGGACGAUUGCGGCCCCAGCGUGGAGUCCUUCGGCGGGGGCGAGCUCGGCGGCUCCGCGGGCGCCGAGCAUCAGGGCACCUCCGGUGCCGGGCAGGCCCAGAGCAUCCACUACGACGCGCGCUUCGGGGUGCUCAGGGCGGACGCUGGGCUGGGCGUGCGUGCUGAGGACGGCGCCCGUGCUGCUGCGGCUUGGGAGGACUGCGGGCCUGGCGAUGACUUCCUCGGCGUGGGCAUGGGCGUACCGGGCCUCGCGCGGGCUCCCAGUCUGCCUCGCCCUGCCGAGGCCGAGGAGGUGCUCCUGGAGCCCAGCGAGGUGCCUGACGGCGAGCGCAGUCAGCAUCGUAGUCGCGCGGCUGGCAACGACUUCCGCUGGCCCCCGCUCAAGCCAUCGCCUGGUCGCACGCAUCUGCGACAUCGGGCGUCUGGGCACUGGGCGGUGGCGCCGGCAAUGCUGAGGCAGAUUGCACGCAUCCGUCGGCAGAGCACUGUCGGCAGGGGCCAGCAGGACCGCUGUCUGGAGGUGCUGCUGCGUGGGGCGGCCAACAUCACGAUGCACACGGCUGGCCACUUUCCUCGAGCUGCAGAGCCUGAAGUUCCGCCUGCAUGGGAUCCCAUGGUCAACGGCGCCCAGGAGAUCCACGCCGAGGAGCUGGGCGUCAUGGCGGCAGGGGCGGAGCGCUUCGCCAUCGAUGCGCAGGCGCGCGCCGCGGGGCAGCACCGCCGUGAGUUCGCGGCGCGGGCGCGCAAGAUGCGGAAGGAGCUGGCGGUGGGCGGCGUGCCCGUGACGGUGCCGAGCCAUGCGAUGAGUCAGAAGGCCGCUCGCUGGGGCGGCCGGCGGCGCGCCCCCUCGGACUCCUGGUCUGACCUCGCGGCGGCCCUCCAGGGGGCGAAGCGUCGGGUCAGGGAGUCCCCGCUGGAGCCGCUCGGGCGCAGCAGCAUCGACCUGGCCGCGUGGGUUCAGGGCUCCAAGAGGGCGAGGGGCGUCGAUGGCCCCGGCUCGGGCGAUCUUGAGAGGCCGCCGCCCGAGGGCUGCGAAGAGCUGCGGCCCCUGCUGGCGCGCUGCGAGGUGCAGUUGUUCCUGGCUCCGCGCUACCUGAGGAACAGCCACCACGGGUACUCCAUGCAGGUGGAGGCGACCCGCUCCGUCGUGGCGGUGUCGGCGCAUGGGGUGCCCCUCGGCAAGCUGGACCUCCACCCGCUCCUACAGCAAGCUCAUGCGAUGCGCCCGCGUGCUGGCCUCUGGAGCAUCAUCGGUGACACCGCCAUCCGCUGCGAGGGGUCUGCCAAGUCCUCGGAGGAGGAGCUUCCCCGCAUGGCCAAGGUGCUCAAGGAUGGCAUGGACGCGGCGCAGGGGCUCAUCUGCUCGUCCAGGACGGUGCUCGCGGCGCCCAGCAGCGAGCUGGCAGCCAACCUGUCGGACAGUCUCGUCGCCAUGGGCAUUCCGCACUCGGCGUCGAACAAGGCGGUGGACCUCGGCAUCGACGCCGCGUUCUGGGCGCGCCCGAUGGCGGAGGGCGUUGACGAGUGGAGGCUGGCGGGCGCCGAGGACGAUAGCAUCCGCGCGCGCGCCGACUUCGGCGGGGCGCUUCAGGACGCCGAGGAGGACCUCAGGCACCAGCUGUGGCGGUCUGCGGCGUCGCACCUGCACGGGGGCGACCUCGUCGGUGGCGCUGGCUUCCUGCACAUCGGCCGCGAGCUCAAGAUGCUGGAGCGCGAGACACUGGCGCACGGGAUCUGGCAGUGUCCUGCGAAUGCGGGUGAGGAUCUCGAGUCCACGGCUGCCCUUUCGCCUCGGGCGCUCGCUGGACACGAGGCAUCGUCUGCCAUGUGGUUGCGCUGGGCGCCUGCCCCGCGCGCGACCACCCCCGUCUGCUGCGACCAGAGGGCGGAGCAGGCCGCGGCGCCCCUCGGCGCGGACAGCGCCCUGGGGUCGACGCGGCGCGACGGCGGCUUCGCGGCGGUUUACGGCGACGGCUCUCGCGGGAAGUUAUCCGACGACCCGCGGCGCAGGCGCUGCGCCACCAGCAUCGCGGCCAUGGGCCCGGACGAGGACGGGUUGUGGACCGACCUGCGCUGGUUUUGUGUUGCACCCGUCCCUGGCAGACGGCAGACGGCACCGCUCGCGGAGAUCCUCGGUUUCGCGCUGGCGCUGGAGUCCGUCUGCGGCAACAUCAGGUACGUGACUUACCACAAGCCCCUCUGGCGGUGCUGGGAACGGAAGAUGUCGUCCGCGCUGCUUGGCGGUGCCAACGAGGACCUCUGGCAACGUGCACGCCAGGCGUGGCGGGACAGGCCUCCUGGCGCGAUCGAGCGGGAUGCCGGCUUCCAGGCCAAGGUGGCCUACAUGCUGCACGCCGCCGGGGCGGCCGCGGAGGAGGGCGCCGACGCCGCCGUCGCCGCUGGGGCCGCCGAGGAGGGCGCCGAUGCCGCCACCGGGGCCUACCUGUUGCACGCCUCCGGGGCGGGCGCCGAGGAUGGCGCCGGCGCCGCCGAGGAGGGCGCCGUCGCCGACCCGGACUUGCCCGACGGCGCGGCGCACCCCGAGGCCGGCCUUGCUCAGCCGGCUGUUCCUGGCCCCAUCCUUGGCCCCGCGGCGCGCGAUGGGCAGGGCGGGAGAGAUCGGUCCCGCGCGCCAGCUCGCGAGCUCGACGCUGGGCCGCAUCCCGACGCUGGCCCCUCGGCGCCGCCGCCUGCCGAUGGCGCGGAGCCCGGCGCAGGCGACGAGGCGACCAGCCCCGCCCAGCGGCUCGGAGAGGCCGCCGCUGGCGCGCUGAUGGUCGCGGUCGCCGCGAUCGGCGCGGCGCAGGCGGUGAUGCCGGAGGACGUGGGCACGCCGCCCGCUCCCAGCCUGGUGCAGGGCCCCCCCGCGGGCUCCCUGGCGGCGGUGCCGCCUGCCUCAGCCCCGGCGCUCCCGCCCGCGCUGCGCGUGGCCGAGUCGGGCGCGGACUCAGCCAACUCCCGCGCGGACGGCGGCGACCUACCUGGGGCCGCCAACGCGGACGCCAGCCCCGCCCCGCGGAUCGGGGGGGCCGCUGGGGGAGCGCCGGGGGCCGCCGGCCGCCCGCCCGCGGGCGCUGAGGACCGCAUAAUGUGCUGGAAGAGCGGCCAAGCCGCAGACGCCCGACGGCCCGGCGCUUGA